UAUAUUUCUUCUCCUUCCUCUCCGUCCUGCUGCAGCUGCUCUGGUAGUGACCGUGGCUCGUCAGGAGGGCAGUGUCGUGCUCGUCAGGGAUAGGAGUUUCGUAUGCAUCACUUAGUCUUGCGGCUAGUGCAUGCUAGUGCGGCUCUGCUGUUCUAGUGCAAUCCCCUUAUUCUUGUCCAUUUCUUCUUGUCCUUCUCUUCUUGAACUCUGUAACUCUGCUUGUCCUUUUUUUCUUGUCUUUUUCUUGUCCUUCUCUUCUAACUCUUCUUGUCCUUCUCUUCUUCUAACUCUUCCUAUCCUUCUCUUCUUACAACUCUUCUUGAACUCUGUAGCUCUUCUUGUCCUUUUCUUCCUGUCCUUUUCUUCCUGUCCUUCUCUUCUUGUCCUUCUCUUGUAACUCUUCUUGAACUCUUCUUGUCCUUCUCUUCUUGUAAAUCUUGCCCUUCUCUUCUUGUCCUUCUUUUCCUUCUCUUCUACCGACUUUUCUUGACCUUCUCUUCUUGUCCUUCUCUUCUGCCAACUCUUCGUGGCCUUCUCUUCUUGUCCUUCUCUUCUUGUCCUUGUUGUCCUUUUUCUCCUUGUU